CCUUUCUUAUGCCGCUUGUUAACUGUCAGUUUGCAAGUCAUAAGCAUGCCUGCAAUGAAGCAUAUAUCCUUCCUUCAGCUCUUCCUCCUCCUGUUUGGUCUUAUCGUCGCACCCUUGGCCUCAGGUGAUGAUCAAUUUCUCUUCUCCAGCUUCAACCAAACCAGCCUAACCAUUGAUGGUUGUGCCAUUGUCACAAAUGGUGGCCUUCUUGAUCUAUCCAAUGGCACGUCUGGUCUCAAUGGCCAUGCCUUCUACCCCACUCCUAUGCACUUCCGCAGGACGCCCGGUGGUAAAGUUCGAUCCUUCUCAGUCAAUGUAGUUUUCAGCAUAUUCAUCAUGUAUGCAGACUUGAAUGCUGAUGGCAUGGCCUUCUUCAUCGCUCCCACCAAGAAUUUCUCUGAUGCACGGGCGGGCAAGUACUUUGGCCUCCUGAACGAGAAGAACAAUGGCAACACAAGCAACCACAUCUUCAUGAUCGAGCUCGAUACCUACAAAAAUGCUGAGCUCCAAGACAUCAAUGAAAACCACAUCGGUAUCAACAUCAACAGUGCAGUCUCCUUUAAAUCCAGCACAUCUGGAUACUAUGAAGAUGAGGGUGGUGCUUUCAAUAACAUGACACUGAAUGGCAACAAGGCUAUGCAGCUGUGGGUAGACUACGAUGAAGGUGAUACAAAGAUCAAUGUGACCUUGGCUCCAAUCAACGUGGGCAAACCAUCUAGGCCACUGCUCUCUGAAACUUGUGAUCUCUCAACUGUACUCUCCGACUCAGCUCAAUACAUUGGAUUCUCAUCCACAGCUACUCCAAUCAACACCCGUCAGUACGUGAUGGGCUGGAGCUUUGGCAUGAAUAGACCAGCUCCAUCCAUUGACAUCUCCAAGCUUCCUAAGUUGCCUCUUGUUGUUCCCAAGGCCCGGUCCAAGCUCUUGGCAAUCGUCCUACCAAUAGCCACUGCAACAUUGAUCCUCUCUAUUGGCACUCUUGUCACUCUAGUUGUGCGAAGGCGAAUGAAGUAUGCUGAGGUAUGUGAGGACUGGGAGGGAGAGUUUGGUCCGCACCGGUUCUCGUACAAGGAUUUGUUCCAUGCAACAGGAGGAUUUAAGAACAAACACCUACUUGGAGAAGGAGGUUUUGGGAAGGUAUAUAAAGGAGUGCUUCCAUUGUCUAAUGUAGAGAUUGCUGUGAAGAUGAUGUCUCAUGAGUCAAGACAGGGCAUGAAGGAGUUUAUCACUGAGGUUGUCAGCAUCGGUCGACUCCGCCAUCGCAACCUUGUGCAGCUACUUGGCUAUUGCCGGAGAAAAGGUGAAUUGUUUUUGGUUUAUAAUUACAUGCCAAAUGGUAGCCUUGAUAAAUAUCUACAUUGUGAAGAGCACAGGGUCAUUUUGAAUUGGGUUCAGAGAUUUAGAGUCAUAAAAGGCAUUGCUACUGGCUUGCUCUAUCUCCAUGAGAAGUGGGAAAAAAUAGUGAUCCAUAGAGACAUCAAGGCAAGCAAUGUACUCCUAGACGGUGAAAUGAAUGGCCGGCUUGGUGACUUUGGUCUUGCAAGGUUAUAUGAUCAUGGCACUGACCCCCAAACCACACAUAUGGUUGGUACGAAGGGGUACCUAGCACCCGAGCUGCUGCGUACAGGGAAGGCAUCCCCUUAUACAGAUGUUUUUGCCUUCGGCAUGUUCCUUCUCGAGGUUGCAUGCGGGCAAAAACCAGUCAAGAAAAAUGCAGAGGGAAAUGAACUUUUCUUGGUCGACUGGGUACUUGAGCAUUGGCACAACGGGUUGCUUACCAAGACAGUAGAUACUAGGCUCCAAGGUGACUACUAUGUUGAGGAGGCAUACCUCGUGUUAAAGCUGGGACUUUUGUGCUUGCACCCAUCUCCUAGUUCAAGGCCUAGGAUGCGAGAAGUUAUGCAAUACCUCGACGGUGACAUGCCACUGCCCGAGCUGAGGCGGACGGAACUGAGCAUGAACAUGGCGGCCUUGGUGAGAAACAGUGGAUCGAACUCAUUCAUCAUGUCAUAUCCGCAAAUAACGUCGAGCUUCGGCACAAUAUCUGGGCUCUCAGGGGGAAGAUGAUAUCCACGGUGUUUUCUCGUUCAUUACUUAUACUGUUCAGUAAGAGCACAUAUCGCAAUGGGGUAUGUCCUAGAAAUAAGCAACGAGGAUGAUCAGUUACAUGUCUAAACUCUAAAGUAUGUACAACAUUUUGAUUUAGAUGCUCAUAAGUUGUGUGUAUAUUUAUGUAUGUUUACCUUUGAGCUCUUGUGUGCCACUUGUUUUAGCCUUUGUAUCCUCUGAGUUGGGUUUGUGUUCAAGUUUGUGGCAGCUUGCUGUUCAAGCUUUACCGCCGGGAUUUCAGAGAUGUUUGUGUCCUCA